AUGUUUCUGCAAUUCUCGGCAUCUCUAGCCGACUCUUUUACGUACUUGGUGCCCCAUGCUGUGGAUUCUUUUCAGAUCUAUCGCCCCGAUUUGGGGAAUAUAGAGCAUCACAGGUGGGACAUCUUCGUGCCACAGCUUGGGUAUACGUGUGCUGUGUAUUGGGGCCCCUUUAAUACCUUUACUCGGGAAUUCCAUCUCAUUCCUGGCCUGUCACUCCUCUUUUUCGCGAUGGAUAUCUUCAAAUCUCGCUCUGAUCCGCCAUCGACAGCUGUCAGUCACACACAACAGCCACCGCGAAGGCGAAGGAUCAUUGUUGCCCUCACUGGUGCAACAGGAUCGAUCUUGGGAGUCAAGACUCUGAUUGCUCUCCGUCAACUCAACGUGGAGACACACCUCGUCAUCAGCAAAUGGGCUGAGGCAACCAUCAAAUAUGAGACAGACUAUACCAUCCCCAAUAUCCGCGCGCUUGCAGACCAUGUCUACAACAUCCAUGAUAUGGCUGCACCGAUAGCGAGUGGCUCAUUCCGCGUCGAUGGCAUGAUCAUCGUGCCAUGCAGUGUCAAAACACUAGCUUCAAUCAGCUCCGGCAUCUGUGACGAUCUUAUUUCUCGCGCAGCAGACGUUAUUCUCAAGGAACGACGCAGACUCGUCCUCGCUGUCCGAGAGACACCCCUGAGUUCCAUUCAUCUGCGCAACAUGACGACUGUGACGGAGGCUGGUGCUAUCAUCUUCCCUCCUGUGCCUGCAUAUUAUAUCAAGCCUUCAUCGAUAGAUGACUUGGUUGACCAUAGUGUUGGGCGUAUGUUGGAUCUUUUCGAUUUGGACACAGAAGCGUUUGAAAGGUGGGGCGGGUUCAAAAAGGACUAA